UGGCAGAAAGCAGCCGCAUGUUAUAGCUCCCGGUUAGAGCACCUUCCGUCGUCUCCGUUGUUGCCGGAUCUACUCUUCUGGAACUUCAUAUAUCGAUCGAAUGGCAGAAAAACAUACUGAGUCAAUCCGCCCGGGAAUCACAGGCAGCUCCUCUCAUCUUGCUUCCACGUGCGGCAAUGAUUUUGUUGAGCUGGUUUGGGAAAAUGGCCAAAUCCUGGUGCAAAGAGGGUCAUCGAGCAGGACACCGAAGAGGCCUUCUUGCUUUGGUUAUUCCAUAAACCCUCACAUGACGCUUACGACCAAGAUCACGAUUAAUUUCUCCAACUUCCUGAGACCUGCAUUGUUUUCCAAAUCUACUUAUCAGGGAAAUAGUGCAAGUGGGCAUCCAAACAGUGGCGUUUCGGCUAGGGUGGAGGAGAUCAAAGCAACUGAUGGUGGCAGUAGCAAAGCUCUUGAUCAUUCCGUUGUGAUUGACUCGGCUAAGGGAUCACAUAGUCCCAACGGAAUUCAUCCUGGCCAAGCAGCUUUUACUUCUAACAAAGCAAGCUCACCGACACCCUUUGAUGGAAAAAAGGAUCAGGAAACACUCCCUGAUGAACAAUCCGAAGCUGUUGGGUGCGAUAGGGCCCUCAAGAGUCACGGAUCACAUGGUCAAUAUCAUCAUCGCCAAACACACAGUAGAAAAGGAAAAACAGCCGCUGAGUUUUCUGAUGCACCCUUGGUAGCAUCUUCUUCUUUGUGCUCUCUUGGAGCCUCGAAUGACCCUACUAUUCGUAGUACGAAACACGAGGACACCGACGAUUCAGCCUAUACAACUGACAAUGAUGAAGAAACAGAAGAUACGACAACAAAGGAAACGCCGGCUCAAGAUGGUUCAAGAGGCAAGAGAAUCAGGAAUACGAAGAUGCAUAAUUUAUCGGAGAGGAAGAGACGAGAUAAGAUUAACAAGAAGAUGCGUGCAUUAAAACAGCUAAUACCUAAUUGCAAUAAGAUGGACAAGGCUUCAAUGCUGGACGACGCCAUCGAUUAUCUGAAGACCCUCAAGCUUCAGUUGCAGGUAUUGUCAAUGGGAAGUGGGGUUUGUAUGCCUCCAAUGAUGUCGAUGUUAGCAGCAGGAGGUUGUGGGCAGCAGUUAGGCUUAGGCAUCCCUUGCAGCCUCCCUCACCAUCAGUUUGCAGGUGGCAGUAUUCUUCCACAGCUCCCUCCUCACCUUCACAAUAGUCUUCAAAUGCUUCCUGGUUUCCCCAGUCAUGUGCUUCCCAAUAUUCAAUUCCCAAUUUCCCAACAGUCACCUUUCAUUUCCAUGCCCCCCAAGCCUAUCCAACCCUACCUCUCUUCCCACCUAACCACAUUUGAUCGCGACCCUGACCUUAAUGCACAGCUUGUUUCAGCCGCACCUAUGCCAAAAGUUGCUCAGGGAUCAAAUCCAAGUUGAUGCGCAUAGCUUGGGUGCAACGUUUAG